CCAUCAUUCACACCGAGUCUUUCAGUUCGGUAACAAGUAAUUUCAACAAUAUCGACAUGGCACCAGGAGGUAAAUCAGCAGGCGGCAAAGCGAUGAAAAAGUCGUCCGGCAAGGCCCAAAAGAACAUCGCCAAGUCCGACAAGAAACGCAAGCCCAAGAGGAAAGAGUCGUACGCAAUUUACAUCUACAAAGUCUUGAAACAAGUACAUCCCGACACCGGUGUCUCGUCAAAGGCCAUGAGCAUCAUGAACAGUUUCGUCAACGAUCUUUUCGAACGUAUUGCUUCGGAAUCCAGUCGUUUGGCUCACUACAACAAGCGUUCGACAAUCACCAGUCGGGAAAUCCAAACCGCCGUCCGUCUCUUGUUGCCCGGCGAACUGGCCAAGCAUGCAGUCAGUGAAGGUACCAAAGCCGUCACCAAAUACACAAGCUCCAAAUAAUUUCUCUCUGACCACGUCUAACAAGUAAAACGGCCCUUUUCAG